CUCUCUCUCCCUCUCCCUCUCUUUUUCUCUCUCGCUAUGUGUUGAUUACACAGACACACACACCCUGACUGGCAGAUACAGUCGACACGACCACCAUCCCAGACUCCGGCCAGAAGAGAGCGCCCGAAAACAUCACAGGUGAUGGCGGGGAUGAAGGAGCAGCACUUCCCAGAGGAAAAGCCGUUGCUGCCGGAGCACCGAGGAACCCGUGUAGAUGUGGAGAAAGGAGAGGCGGGGGAACAGGCCUGCCCCCCCAGCCCCGAGGCCUCGAACAGCGCCCCGCCCCACAGCCGUCCCACCCACCGCUGGCACGUCAUUGCACGCCAUUGGCUCCGCCAGACCCGCCGUCGGACCGGCGGGGUCCUUGCAGACUGCGAUGACCAGCUGAUGCCAGCAGGCGACUGGAAGGAACACGAUGUGGAGACCCCUUUCGGGAUGCUGCAUGUGGUGAUCCGCGGGGCGCCCAAAAGGAACAAGCCCGCCAUCCUCACCUAUCACGAUGUGGGACUCAACCACAAGCUGUGCUUCAACACCUUCUUCAGCAAUGAGGACAUGCAGGAGAUCACCAAGCACUUUGUUGUUUGCCACGUGGACGCCCCAGGACAGCAGAUCGGAGCGUCGCAGUUGCCACAAGGGUACCAGUACCAGAGCAUGGAGCAGCUGGCCGGCAUGUUGCCCACUGUGGUGCAGCACUUUGGAUUCAAGAGCAUCGUGGGGAUCGGCGUUGGAGCAGGAUCCUACGUCCUGGCCAAGUUUGCUCUGAUCUUCCCUGAGCUUGUGGAGGGUUUGGUCUUGGUCAACAUCGACCCCAACGGGAAAGGAUGGAUUGACUGGGCCGCAUCUAAGCUGUCAGGACUGACCAGCACCCUGCCCGAUACUGUGCUGCCCCACCUUUUCAGUCAGGAGGAGCUGAUGAACAACACGGAGCUGGUGCAGAGCUAUCGGCAGCAGAUCAACAACAACAUCAACCAGUUCAACCUGCAGCUUUUUUGGAACAUGUACAACAGCCGGAGGGACUUGGAAAUGAGCCGCAGUGGAACUGUACUCAAUGCCAAAACCCUGAAAUGUCCCGUUAUGCUAGUGGUGGGAGACAACGCCCCCGCAGAGGACGGCGUGGUGGACUGCAACUCCAAACUGGACCCAACCAACACCACGUUCCUGAAGAUGGCUGACUCUGGUGGACUUCCCCAGCUGACCCAGCCUGGGAAGCUCACUGAAGCGUUCAAGUAUUUCCUUCAGGGUAUGGGCUACAUCGCUUAUGUGAAGGAUCGGAGGUUGAGUGGAGGGCCAGUGCCCUCCGCCAGCAUGACCCGCUUGGCUCGCUCCAGGACCGCCUCCCUGACUAGCGCCAGCUCCGCAGAAGGAUCACGCUCUCGGGCCUGCGUCCACUCCGACAGCACGGAGGGAGUCGCCACUGCCGCCGCCACUGCCGCCGCCCACACCACGGAAGUGUCCUGCUGAGGCAAGGAAUCCAAAAUGGGUGACCUUAAAGAAAUCACUUUGAGGUGUGACGGGGGAGAAGACAGUUGUGGUUGUUUUUCUGUACUAAGUCCUCCAUGGUGUACUGUACUAUAUCGUUUACCGCCACUUCCAUUUUUACUCUUGACUAGCUCAUGUUUGUGUUGCUAACUGUCUCCUUAUUGGGUGGCCCCUCCCCCGAACCUCCCGUAUUUAAGCUUCUUUUGGUCAAUCAACCGGACUCUGGGUCAGACCGAACACCGCCUGAGAGGCGGGUCUCGAACUGAGUGUCCAAUAAACGCGAACCGUACAGACAUAGCAAAAACACCACAUACCAGCGACGGUUAGCAUAGUAGUUUCCCAUCAAUCCGUCUUUCAUCCAUCCAUCUUCUACCGCUUAUCCGAGGUGGGGUCGUGGGGGCGACAGCCUAAGCAGGGAAACCCUGACUUCGGAUCCCGAGGUGUUCCCAGGCCAGUUGAGAGACAUCGUCUAUCCACAUGUCUUGUGUCUUCCUGAGGCCUCCUACUGCUCAGAUGUGCCCUGACCAGGACUCGUUCCCUAGGGACAUGUCCGGGAGGGAUCCCCACCAGAUGGUCUGGAUCAGGUACCUGACCACCAGUGUGAAGGCAACCUGAAAGGCACGGCAGGAAGAUACUAAACAUUGCUGUAGGCGGGGUUAGGGAUAUUAACUCCCAUGACGCUCUCCAGAGUUAGGGAUACUAACUCCUGACUCUCCCCCGGGUUGGGGUUAGGGAUACUACCUCCUGACUCUCUCCAAGGUUACGGAUACUAACUCCAGACUCUCUCCAUGGUUAGAGUUAGGGAUAGGAAUUCUCCUGACUCUCUCCAGGGCUAGGGAUAAUAACUCCCCUGACUUUCUCCAGGGUUUAGGGAUACUAACUCUCCUGACUCUCUCCAGGGGUUAGGAUACUAACUCCCCUGACUUUCUCCAGGGUUUAGGGAUACUAACUCUCCUGACUCUCUCCAGGGGUUAGGAUACUAACUCUCCUGACUCUCUUCAGGGUUAGGGCUACAAAUUCUCCUGACUCUCUCCAGGGUUAGGAAUACUAACUCCUGACUCUCUCCAGGGUUACGGAUACUAACUCCUGACUCUCUCCAGGGCUAGGGAUACUAACUCCCCUGACUUUCUCCAGGGUUUAGGGAUACUAACUCUCCUGACUCUCUUCAAGGUUUGGGCUACAAAUUCUCCUGACUCUCUCCAAGGUUAGGGAUACUACCUCCUGACUCUCUCUGGGGCUAGGGAUAAUAACUCCCCUGACUUUCUCCAGGGUUAGGAAUACUAAUUCUCCUGACUCUCUCCAGGGUUACGGAUACUAACUCCUGACACUCUCCAGGGUUAUGGAUACUAACUCCUGACUCUCUCCAGGGUUAGAGUUAGGGAUACAAAUUCUCCUGACUUUUUCUAGGGUUAGGGAUACUAACUCCUGACUCUCUCCAGGGUUACGUAUACUAACUCCUGACUCUCUCCAUGGUUAGAGUUAGGGAUACUAACUCUCCUGACUCUCUCCAGGGUUAGGGAUACUAACUCUCCUGACUUUCUCCUGGGUUAGGGAUACUACCUCCUGACUCUCUCCGGGGUUAGGGAUAAUAACUCCCCUGACUUUCUCCUGGGUUAGGGAUACUAACUCUCCUGACUUUCUCCUGCAAGGACUAGAACAGCAGGAGACAUUUGCUGGAUUUGCUAGCUUGUUAGCUUGCUUGACAAUCAUGGACUAUUUCUCUUCUUUCAAGCGGAAGCAUUUUCUAAAUGAUACAGUACACUAAUCCCUAGCCACUUCCUGUUUAUCACCCCUUUUCAAAAUAAAUUCAGCCAUAAAUCACGAUCUUUCCUAGUUGGAAAGAUAUGUUGAAGCACACACACGAGAAGGGGUUUUAUCAGUGUAAAUGUGGCUAUAGGGGUGUUAGUUUAUGUAUGGAGGGCUCUAAUGUUAAAAAUGUAUUUAGAAGGUGGUUUUCCCAUUUUGCCAUAAUAUUAUUAUCCCACAAUAUUUAGAAUUUAUUCCCAUAAUAUUGUGACUUUAUUGCCACAAUAUUAUGACUUUAUUGCCAUAAUAUUGUGGCAAUAAAGUCACGAUAUUAUGGCCAUAAUAUUGUGACUUUAUUGAUACAAUAUUGACUUUAUUGCCAUAAUAUUAUGGCAAUAAUAUUGUGACUUUAUUGCCAUAAUAUCGUGACUUUAUAUUAAUAUUAUUGCCAUAAUAUUUGCCACAAUAUUAUUGUGACUUUAUUGCCAUAAUAUCGUGACUUUAUUG